AUGGUGAGAAAAGAGAUUAUCUUUCAUUCUAUAUAUUCUGUUCAUAUCUAUCUAUCUAUCUAUCUAUCUAUCUAUCUAUCUAUCUAUCUUAGUCUGUUCAUACUAUCUAUCUAUCUAUCUAUCUAUCUAUCUAUCUAUCUCUCACAUUCUGUUCAUAUCUAUCUAUCUAUCUAUCUAUCUAUCUAUCUAUCUCUCACAUUCUGUUCAUAUCUAUCUAUCAUCUAUCUAUCUAUCUAUCUAUCUAUCUCUCACAUUCUGUUCAUAUCUAUCUAUCCAUCUGUAUCUAUCUAUCCAUCUAUCAUCUCACAUUCUGUUCAUAUCCAUCCAUCCAUCCAUCCAUCCAUCCAUCUCACAUUCUGUCCAUAUCCAUCCAUCUAUCCAUCCAUCCAUCCAUCAUCCAUCUAUCCACAUCCCUGUCCACAUCCAUCUAUCCAUCCAUCCAUCCAUCCAUCUAUCAUUCACACAUUCAUCAUAUCCAUCCAUCCAUCCAUCCAUCCAUCAUCUCAUCCAUCCGUUCAUACAUCCAUCCAUCCAUCCAUCCAUCCAUCCAUCUAUCCAUCCAUCCAUCCAUCCAUCCCUCACAUUCUGUUCAUAUUCAUCCAUCCAUCCAUCUAUCUAUCUAUCUAUCCAUCCAUCUCUCACAUUCUGUUCAUAUCCAUCCAUCCAUCCAUCCAUCCAUCCAUCUAUCCAUCUACAUCCAUCCAUUCACAUCUAUCUAUCUAUCCAUCCAUCCAUCCAUCUAUCUAUCCAUCUAUCACAUCUGUUGUUCAUAUCCAUCCAUCCAUCCAUCUAUCUAUCCAUCCAUCUAUCAUCUAUCCAUCUGUCCGGACAUCCAUUCAUCCAUCCAUCCAUCUAACCAUCCAUCUAUCCAUCUCCUCACAUUCUGUUCACAUUCAUCUAUCCAUUCAUUCAUCUAUCCAUCUAUCUAUCACAUCUCUGUUCAUCACAUUCAUGUAUCUAUCUAUCUAUCUAUUAUCUAUCUAUCUAUCUAUCUCUCACAUUCUGUUCAUAUCCAUCUAUCCAUCCAUCCAUCCAUCCAUCUAUCUAUCUAUCUCUCACAUUCUGUUCAUAUAUCUAUCAUCUGUAUCUAUCUAUCUAUCUAUCUAUCUAUCUCCUCACAUUCUGUUCCAUCUAUCCAUUCAUUCAUUCAUCAUCUAUCUAUCAUUCAUCUAUCCAUCUAUCUAUCUUCACAUUCUGUUCAUCCUAUCAUCUACACAUCUAUCUAUCUAUCUAUCUAUCAUCUAA